AUGUUUAUCAAUAUCUUGCUAGACCUUUCGUUGUACGAUUACAAGAUCGAGCUUCAGAGAUUUGAUCCUAGGGAUUACGUCGAUAAGAUACCCUAUGAAAUGAAGAAGCAGUGCUACAUCAUACCACCGACCCCGACUCCAAGUCCUUCUCCCGUCAGUGAGAAGAUGGAGGAUUUGGAUAACGAGACGCAGAUUCUGGAGGAGGAAGACGAUAAGGAGACGCAAGUGUUGGAAGAAGAUGAAGAGACACCAACUCCAGAGGACGGUUACUCCGCAGAGGGUCAGCAGGGUCAGUCGCCGAUAUUCCAGCAAUGGCAGGACGUGGAAUAUGAACCAGAGUAUGACAUCGACUUUGACAAGCUUGGGAAGAUGUGCUGGGAAAAGUUUGAGCAGAUCAAGACGGAUUGCAAGCUUUCAUACCGCAAGUACAUGAUCUCAAUCCGUGACAAUACGAAUGUUGAUCCUACCGACGAUGACGCUGUGAACAAAGUGACCGUGGCCAAGUAUAAGAAUCUGAAUGAGAUGACCGAGAUAGCCUGGAUAUAUGUCUCCAAGGUCAACGAUGCCCCGCCGGAUGAGCAGGUCGCGAAGUGCAAGGAGCUGCGCAAUAAGCUUGCCAGGGAUGUUAUCCUGGGUAUGUUGGACAUCCUUCGAUCGAACGAGGAGAAGCCAGAUGUUCCCUGCUACGAGAAUUGCUACGUCAAGGUUGGUGUUUCCAUGUUCCUGGCAUCUGUCGUCAGGAUGAAGAACAAAGAGCUGACCCAUGAGGACAAAGGGCUGAAAGCUCUCUACAAGAGCACGAACGAGGCAAAGACGUGGUGCCAUUUCUUCCGUAUCCUGUGCAAUGUGUCGCUCGAUGACAAGUUUGUACACAAGACCUUCAAGAUGCUUUGGAGAGAUAUGCUGAAGCCUAUGAAGUUUCAUGGUCUUGUUAUGCAAAAUUUCCUCGACAUCAUUCGUGCUCCUACCCCAACUCCCGAUGAUUCGAAGUUGCAGGAUAAGAGGAUCAAGAAGCUAGAGUCGCUUGUCCUGCUCAGCGAGAAGGACCAACAUUUUGUGGACUUCAGGGCUCUUGGCUGGCAACCGUCCAAUCCGGGGAUCAAGCGCAGGGCCGACGGGUCGGAGGUGUACACAGAGGAGUUCAAGAAGAACAACACCGGAGAGGCAAUUGAGCGGGUGAUGUUCAAUUACUGGAUCUCUGAGUUCGACUAUCAGCACAAGGUUAUGCUUUCCAAGAAGUACUCCAAGUAG